UGUUGAAACUCUGUCGAAACAGCUUUUGGAAUAUGCGACCUACCACAGGCUAUUAAGGGUGAUACAGAUGUUUUACUGAAAGGAUUGGGAGACAAGAACACCAUUGAAGAUGUGAAACGUAUUGUUGAACUGGCGAAACGGGCAUCAUUGAGACGAGAAGUUUUACAUACUGACUUUCUGACCCCACCUGUUCUGAAAGAGUCAAUGCUAGUCUUAGAAAGGUUAGCCGACGUUAAGAUCGUUGCACAAGGAGGAUACCCAGAGGCUGAAUGUUGCCGUCUCUCAGUUGGACAUCCAGAUGCAUUAACAAGUGAUCCAGAUAUUGUCUCAGCCUUGAGUAUUUCAGGGAACUUUUCAUUUCAACCUUGUUCUCACGGUGAUUUCCUUGGUGCAAUCCUUGGUACGGGGAUAGUAAGGAAUAAGCUGGGAGAUAUACUCUUGCAGGGUGAAAAGGGAGCUCAUGUUCUUGUUGUUCCAGAACUUUCUGACUUCAUUUUAUCAGCAUUGGACAAGGUUGGAAAUGUUUCUGUCUCUUGCAAGAAGAUUCCAUUGCUAGCCCUUGAAUAUGAACCACCAAGGACCAAGUCCUUAAAAUCCGUUGAGGCAUCACUGAGACUUGAUGCCGUAGCUAGUGCAGGAUUCAAAGUGUCACGAACCAAAAUGGCCAGUUUGAUUAGUAAUGGAGAUGUUCGUGUCAAUUGGACAACUGUGAUAAAAAGCAAUACUACCAUUAAGACCGGAGAUAUCAUAUCAGUUAGUGGAGAAGGCAGACUUAAGGUACACUAUGAGUAGGAAAAGAGGUAAGUCUGAAAAGAGGCCCAGAUCAGAAGGGAUACCGAAUUUUCUGAUUGUCGAUCAUAUACCAAAGUUGUGGGAUUGGAAGAGAGACACUGAGGACUAUGAGCAGCGACAAAUAAAGAAGUACCUGAGACAUUUGGUUCACAUGAUUACAAUUAAGCCAAGAAGGGAUGUGAUCAAAGCUUUGAUUUCGCACUGGGACCCUGAGAACAAUGUAUUCCGUUUUAUUUACUGUGAAAUGAUUCCAACCUUGGAGGAAAUCGUCCAUUUCUAGGGUGAGGGGCUGCAAUCUUCGCCGCCAAAAACCUAUAGUACAAUACCAUGUGAAUGAGGGUAGGUUUCUGAAGAAUUAUGGAUGGUAUGAAGGUUUAGGAGGCAAGUGGGUUAAGUUGAGGUUUUUGUUUCACUUGUAUGGCCUAGAAUGCAAUUUUGAAAGGAAUGUGAGAAGAUUGAAAUCAAAGGAAGAUAAGGAAACAUGAAAGGUACACAGAAGGUUCGCAUUUAUGGUUGCUUUUUUGGGACGUGUAGUUUUCCCGGAAAAGGAAGGACGCAUUGAUAUCCGCUUGGCAGGCGUAGUUCAGGCUCUGACCUCAAAAGGGGAUGAUUAUACUUUGGUCCCUAUGAUUCUUUCUUGCAUUUUUCGUGCUUUAACUAGGUGUAGAUUGGGCACACGAAACUUUGAUGGCUGCAAUAUUUUGUUACAGAUAUGGUUUUUGGAGCAUUUCUAUCGUCAUCCUACGAUCAUUAACUUUAGUGAGCUAUGGCCCAAUCAUACGGAUCAUCACCAGAAAAGAAUUGACGAUUGUGACUUACCAAAAGGGAUUGACGUCCGGAAAGAACUACUUUUUACUCUGUUCGCCAAGCGAGUCGCUUGGAACUACCAUUGAUUUUCUUCUAAAGAGAUCAUUUGUGAGUCUGCAUACCAUUCUUUUUGGGUACUCAUAGGUUUAGAUGGUGUUCAGCCUCUAUGCUCC